AUGGAGGUCAGUGACACCAAGAGUGUGAUUCUCUACCAGUUGCAUGGCACACAGGCUGAGCGAACCAUGGGCAAACUUCGGUUCAAAGACAAAGGUGUCUCCAAACUGCGGGUGGCACCCGACUGCGCUUUUCCGAUUGUUAGGAAGCACCCAUAUCUCGGCAUCAUCCUCAGCUACGGAGCCCUGGAAUCUCACAGCAUUACCCACCGGUACAAUCGGGCGGGGCAGCUUUUCUCCAGGCUUCGACAAGUGCUCAGCGCCAGACACCAUCUCAGUCGCCACACCAGGCGGCGGUUGUGGCUGUCGACGGUCUGGCCAUGCCUGAAAUACGGGAUCACAGCACUGCAGCUUGAAGCUAAAGACAUGGUCAGGAUCCGGGGCAUCGUUGCCCGACACCUUCGCAUUGUCAGUGGACAGCUGUCCAAGGACACACAUGUGACCACGGAUGCCUUCCUCACCGAGUUGGGUUUUGACCCAAUUGCGCUCCUCUCGAAGGAAGCCACCGCCAAUCAGACCCGGUUCAAGGCCCUCGACCGGCUGCUGCACCGACGCCAGCACCUGCCCCGGAUUCAGGUCUGCUUCAGCGCCAUCGCGUACGUGCACAUGGUGCUCAGGUUCAACGUCCAUGUCAGUUCUGUGCACAAGCUUACCGAUGUGCUCCAUGUCGGCACGCUGAGGGUUGCACGGUCAUUUGGCAGUCGGUGUUCUCUAGUCUCGAUCCAGAUUUGCUCACUAGUCCAAGCCAUGACGAUGGACGUGGACCAGAAGUUGACUCACGACCAAGAGGAGGAGAGAGAGUGGGAGAUGUACUCGGCGUACAUGAGCACAGCCAUGACGACGGCACCCUCGACGACACCCAAGCGACCGCUAGACGAGGAAGUCGCCCAGCUUUGGACCCUGUGCCACAUGAUGAUCCGCUUGAUGGUACGGCACGAGGACUCGAUCAAGACCCUCAUGCUGGACACAUCCUUCGUCAUCUGGAUGCGCACAGGCUUGCCGGGCGGAGUCCCGGAGGCCCUGUUUGCGGUGGCGACCAAGUGGAAGGCCGAUCGGGAGACCACUCCUCCCACAUCCCCGCUGCGGCUCACCCUGUGGAUGUGUGUGUGGCGCGAGUUUCUGCAGCGACUGCAACCGGCUCGCAUGACACAGGAGAUCCAAACCAACAUGAAGAAGCUCGGCUUUCUCACAGACGAGGGCAAAUGGAACUUCCUUCGGUGGGACCCGGAUCAGGCCAAGCUGAUCCCGGACACCACUCGCCCACCUUUGACGGCGGCGGCCGCGAUCGAGCUGGUGGAGAGUGUGAUCCGAUUGGCGACGGACUCCCAGCUGCUGACUCGGUUUGCCCCCACCAGGCCUCUGGCAUCGGAACUCAAGGGCCCAUCGAUCACCUUCCUGGCGUCGGUGUCCAAUCGCUCCACACCGAGCGAUCAAAUGCACGCCUCCCUCGCGGAGCUCUGCGGCAGCGCUUGCUGCCAGGUGAUCGGCAUGUCCAUCAAACCCGAACGAUUGACGAGGUCCCCUCUUGCUCAACAGAUCUACAACUCUCCCUCGGUACCAGCUGCUACCCCAGUGGGCACUUCCUUCAGACUUAGCAGCAAGGUCGACGACGCAGUCCAGCUGAGGAUGCGCCUCACCAACGGCUCAAACCUCUGCUAUGCGAACGCCUCACUGGCAGCCUUGCUUUGGUGCAGUCGUGCAUGCACUCAGGCGGUGAUUCCGCGACAUGUGUUCACCGCUUUGGAGGCUUGCAUACUAGGACGGCAACCUUUUAGCCUGUGGAGCCUGCUUGGUUGGCAACAGCUCCUUACCGAUUGGAGGAACCCUCGGGAGCAGCACGAUGCUGCUGAGUUUGUGCAUCAUCUUCAGGCGCGUAUGCAGACUCCUGCGCUUCAAGGAUUGUGGCAAGCCCGCGACUCCCAUGAUCAGGUGCGGGAUUCGGGAGACACCUGUCCACUUCUUUUGACCGCGCCUCUGUUAAGCCACUUAUCUGUCCAGCAGCUUGUCGAUUUGUGGCACUCCCAGGCCCCGGCGCAUGCUCUGCUGCAGACGCCAGAAUGCCUGAUCCUGCAGCUUGCGCGGUUCGAUGUUGACGAUGCUGAUGCCCAGAAGGUUUUUGAGCCUGUUACUCUCGACCCUGUCUUGAAGGUUCCUUACUUUUCGGGCCACUCCACUAGGGUUUCUAAGUACCACUUACGAGCGGCAAUCGUCCACAUUGGCCCCCGAAUGGCAACUGGCCAUUACAGAGCGGCUCUGUUUGAGGAUAUGGCACGUAAGGUUUUCUACACUGACGAUAAUCGUGUUGCUAAACUCGCCAAACCCGCCGAACUUGCUGAGAUAUUUGCGAAUGCUUAUCUUCUCUGCUAUACCAAAGAGCCACGCUUGAUGCCAUCUCCUUAG